AUGACCUGUAACUGUCCGUGCGUUCCUGUUCAGGACUACCUGCUGUGGAACCGUCUGGGCGCCACGUUGGCGAACGGAGACCGCAGUGAGGAGGCGGUGGAGGCGUACGGCAGAGCUCUGGAGCUGCAGCCCGGAUUCAUCCGGUCCAGAUACAACCUGGGAAUCAGCUGCAUCAACCUGGGAGCUCACAGGGAGGCGGUCAGUAACUUCCUGACAGCUCUGAACCAGCAGCGGCAGAGUCAGCGGUGCAGCCAUCAGCAGAUGUCGGCGAACAUCUGGGCUGCCCUGCGUAUCGCCGUCUCCAUGCUGGACCGGCCCGAGCUGUUCCAGGCCGCCAGCGCCGGCGACCUGGACCUGCUGAUGCAGGUGUUCGACGUGGGCGAUGUCUGACGGACCGCAGGCGUCUCCUGGGGAACGGUGGAGACCCCGCUGCAUGUGGACAGUUUGGUUUGAAACCAAAGAGACGGCCACCGGGGGUGUAGUGCUGUUUGUUGUUGACCGGAGCACAUUGUAAAGUCGUGGCUCCGUUGGAAGGUUAUGUAACUGCUGUUCCUACACAUUAGUCAACUAGAACAACUAAAUGAAAGGCUGCCUUUUUAAUCUUACUAGUUAAUAGGGAUGUAAAUCACAAGUCUCAUCACGGUACGAUAUUAUAUUGAUUCUUUGGACAAGGAUUCAAUAUUUACUGAAGUCUUAAAGUCUGUCACGGUACGAUUUCUAUUCAAUUCAGGGGUCAAUAUGAGACGAUAUAUGUCUAUUUAACACAUGUAUAUAAACUGAAACAAAGCGUUAGGGUUAGGGUUAGACAUUUAAAUGAAAAACAAACUGUUCUUUUUAACAAAAAUAUUGAAUAUA